UCCAAAGAAACAUUUGACACACAUCAUAAAAGGUGAGGGGAAGAUCAGCAUCAGAAAGACUUAUGCUUGCCCAGUAAGUCCAACAUUAAGAAAGGAGGUCAGCAUCAGAAAGACUUAUUCUUGCCCUGUAAAUCCAACAUUGAGAAAGAUGGUGUUUUAGACUUUAGCUGUAUGUUUGCAGGACUGAAAAGACCAUUCCAAGAAUGCAUGUGCUGGUGCUGAGUUGCCCAUGGCACCAACCAUUUCUUUUUAAUGUUCUGUUCCUCAUCACCCAUUACAAAAGGGCCUUUCACUCAUCAUGGAUUCCCAAGUCUUUCCUCAUUUCAGUUGCUCUCAAACAGUUAUCAGUUAUUGUGAACUGCUUCACUAUCUCCAUUUGAAGGUCUUUUUCUUCACUUUCUCCAAGGUUCAUUGGAAAAGUGGGUGGGCUCUGGCGAAGAUGCUUCUCAAAAUGUGGUUACUUCUCUUAGCAAUGGUGGUGCCUGCUGCCAUGGCUGCCGCACCACAUAGGCCCAUAGAUGUGCCAUUUCAAAAUAACUAUGUCCCAACCUGGGCUGCUGAUCAUAUAAAGUACAUUAAUGGUGGAAAAGAAGUCACACUUUCUCUGGACAAAUGGACAGGUACAGGGUUCCAAUCCAAGGGCACAUACUUGUUUGGGCACUUCAGUAUGCAGAUAAAGAUGGUUCCUGGUGACUCUGCAGGCACUGUCACUGCUUUCUAUCUGUCAUCACAGAACUCAGAGCAUGAUGAGAUAGACUUUGAGUUCUUAGGAAACAGAUCUGGGCAGCCAUACAUUCUCCAAACCAAUGUGUUCAGUGGAGGGAAAGGAGACAGAGAGCAGCGCAUUUACCUCUGGUUUGACCCCACUGCAGAGUACCAUUCCUACUCUGUUCUCUGGAACAUGCAUCAAAUUGUGUUCUUCGUAGAUGAUGUUCCAAUCAGAGUGUUCAAGAACAGCCAUGAUUUGGGAGUCAGAUAUCCAUUCAAUCAACCCAUGAAGAUCUAUUCAAGCCUGUGGAAUGCAGAUGACUGGGCCACAAGAGGGGGACUUGAGAAGACAGACUGGAGCAAAGCACCAUUUGUUGCAGCAUACAAGGGAUUCCACGUUGACGGGUGUGAGGCAUCUGCACCAAAUUCACAGUGCCCCACACUGGGCAGGAGGUGGUGGGAUCAGAAGGAGUUCGAUGAUUUGGAUGGAUUGCAGUGGAGAAGGCUGAGAUGGGUGAGAGACAAGUAUACAAUCUACAACUAUUGCAGUGACAGAGUCAGAUAUCCUGUCAUGUCUCCUGAGUGCUCUAGAGAUCGUGACAUCUAGUACUGUUUUCUAAUUCUCUCAGAAGCUUAUAUAACUAAAUGGAUUAUAGGGAUUAUGAUAUUAUCCAAGCUACAAUAAACAUCUAUAUGUCUAAUGGAUCAUAAAUAAACAUUUAUAUAGCUAAAUGGAUUAUAGGGAUUAUGAUAUUAUCCAAGCUACAAUAAGCAUUCAUAUGUCUACUUUAGUAUACUAAUAUAUGCUUAUUUAUGUAAGAUGGCCAUUCUAACUGCUGUUGUAUACCAGCAAAUGGUUUAUUUUUAUUAAGUUCCUUUUGAGGAAUCGAAACUACAUUUUGUGGA